AUGCAUCUAUCAGAAUUUUUGAUCCUUGGUGGCGACGAAGAUGAUACUAAUGUUCCAGAUAGUGAACAAGACAUUAAACCUCGGUUUCAUCGUUCCAAACUACAUGGCUUUGAACGAAUAGAAACAAAUGGAGAGGAGGCACCUAGAACAAUUAUUCCAUCAAGAAUGGAAGCAUCGAGAAUGUGGGAUUUUAGCGUUAGGAGCUGUAUCUGA